UUUCACCAAGUGUUUUUCGAUCGUGUGUGUCAUGUCUGUAAACCAAAAUCACUAAAAAUGCCGAAGAAAAGUGCAUUCUAUUACUUCAUGAUCGAGUUUAAAAAACGGGAAAAUGGAAAAGGAUUGAAAUUCCCUAAUAUGGUCGCAGUGGCACAUCAUGCGGGUAAAGAAUGGGAGAAAAUGGACGGUGUGCAACGAGAGCCUUACGUUCAGCAGGCACAGGCAGCGAACGGUAUAUCAAACUCAGGCGGUGGGGGUCCCCUAAACAGUUUGGGAAUUCCAAUGUCUUUGAUCGACGAAAAAUUACACGAAAAGGAAGCUAUGACCGAGCGGAAAAAGCAUCUCAUCGCCGAACGGGUGAAGAGAUCUGAGGCCGUGAAAGCCCUUGAAAAGGAAGAGUUUUACAUCAUUUCAAUGACGUAUUUUGGAUGUACCCUUAAAGGCGUCUACCUUCCGGCUGAGCUGGGCAUGGUGAAAUAUAGUCUGCAGGAUGGUGUAAAGGACAGGAAGCAUCUUUAUAUAAAUCCCGGGGAAAUUCCACUCGGCGCAGCAUACUCGGUUCAUUGCCACACAGAGAAGACGCACAAGCUCCCAAUACCAUCAAACGCAUGGGGAACAAGCAGCAAUGAUGAAGUCUCAGAAGUCUUGCUUAGCUUUUUGGCAGCAAAAGACAACAUUCUGCAGUUAUACACGGAUGAGAAUUCGUUGCCAAGUGUAGAAAGCAUGCUGCGCGGUAUAUUAAAGGGCCACAUCAAGGACGAGCAGCUGUACGUGUGUCCACUGCCGGAGCUGUUUUUUAACCUGAAACAAGCUGCAGAGCUGCGUUUUAUGACUAAAUCAACCUUCCCAUCUGCCCUAACGGCACAGUAUAUACUGCAGAUGGAUUGCUUUGUCUUUACAAAAGGCAUUAGCUGCGAUUACCACGAGGGCGAAUAUAAUUUGCAGCACUGUGCCUUGUCGCAGGCAACUCGUUGGGCAUACACCAUAUCUAAGUAUUGCUGCCUUGAAAUGGGCAUAGACUGUAUUCCCGGCAAGCAUAUCCCAGGGUGCUCAAGUACUGACGCUAAGUCAGCAAUCCUGCCGAACCCGGGUGAAAAAUCAUUGAAUCAGGCAGAAGAACCAUCCUCAUCGACGAAUCCAUCUAGGGAUCCGAAGUUAGUGGCGAAGCAGAAGAAGCUGGAAGACAUAUGCAUCGAUGCAAAGUUAGAAUUUGUCAAGUGUGUUACAACUUUGAUGAAUAAUGUACAAGAAGUUCUAUCUAAUGCGACAGCUAAAACCGAUUCCUAUUUUAUGGUGAGCCCGGAGAAGUAUAAUCGCUCAUUUGCUCAAAUUCUGGAAGACACCCGUAAACAGAUUGAAAGAAUAUGCAAUUCGGCAGAAACCCAAUCUACGUCUGCAAGGGCUCAGUGGGUAUGGUUGAAUCCAUCGACAAGAUAUGACCACGAGAAGAAGCUGAGAGACAUAUGUACCGAUGCCAAGUCAGAAUUACUCAAGUGUGUUAUAACAUUGAUGAAUAAUGUACAAGAGGUAGUUCUACCUAAUGAUGCACCGUCGGACAAGCCAUAGGAAGAUGGUGUUGGUUCAAAUGUUGAAGUAUAAUCUAAGUUGCACCAAUGACAGGCCGGGGUCGCGGUAUGUUUAGUUUGCCAGCAAAACCAACCAAACCAAACCAACCACAAUCCAAAACGCGCUGGAACUGAGCUAGGCAUCGUUUAAACUAUUGAAUCUUCUAUUAUCUUUUAUAUUCCAAUUCUAUCAUUUCUUAUGACUGAUAGAAUGUGACUGUCUUAUCUUUGUGGCUUUAAGUCUUUUAGAGCCGCGACUUAAAUACCUACUAUUAUGGUGGCGUUAAAUAGUAGUUACUGCAGCUGGUAGACUAAUGUUAAAAGAAGCAGCCAGCAACAUCUAUGAAUGAUGUUAACCGCGAGAGUUACGUAGUUCGUUUCAAUUUUUCGUAUGUGUUUGAACCACAAAUUAUACGUUUGAUAAUAAAGCAAAACUAAAUGCAAUGUUGUAUAGUUUCUUUCCUCGUAGGUGAUAUCCGACUUUCCUCAUCGUAAUAUUCGUUUGUACAUACAGGUCAGGGUCAGGGUUUUCGUUAGUGUAUGACUUAAAUACGUUCUGUUUCUCGAUAUUGAU